AUGCCAGGUUGCUUCAGUCGGCUGUCUAGCAAGUUUUCGAACAAGAACGAAAAUAAUGUUCAAGACGGACCGGAUGAUAACAAGCCCAAUGACCAGUCUACAGUCCAUUCUGGUCAAGCUGCAUCUGGACAGCUAGACGGUGGGGCCCCUAGUAAGGAGCCAGAGAAAGAAAGCCCAAAAGAAGAGAAGAAAGAUGAGAAAAAAAACCGCUGGCUGCAGGCCUUCGAGCAACUUUCGGAGAGCAAGCAGGAAGCCCUAAAGAAAAUGGGAUUUGGUAAUCCCAAUUCGGAUAUCGAAUCUAGCCUUGCUGAGGUUACGAAUUCAGUGGAGGAAAAGCAGAAGGAAUGCGAGGGCAAGUUCUGGAAGGCUAAAAUUGGAGGCAAAGAGAUUGUCUUUAGGGAGUACACAGAGCAAAUCGUCGGCUGGGUAGAGAAAGCGGGCGAUAUUGCUAUCAAUUUUGCACCUCCCCAAGCGGGUCUUCCAUGGGAUCUGGUCAAAAGCUUGAUGAAGAUUCCCGUCAACGAAAGCGAGCAGAUGGGAGCACUGCUCCUCACUACUGAGGUGGUUGUCAGCAUUACCAGCCGCGGUCAGGUCUAUGAGGACAUCUACCUAAACCAGCCAGAUGACGUCCCUCUCAGUUCCGUACAGCGGCAUCUCGAAAAAAGCCUGAUAGAGCUUUACAAAACCUCUUUAGAUCUGCUGGCCCGAUCGAACAAGCUUCUGUCCUCGAACACAUGGGGGCGCAUUUUUGAAGCAAUCGUCAACCCGGGAAAGGCGGCUGACGGAGUUGCGGGCCUUGGAACACAGGAAGAUGCUCUCCUGCGAGACAUUCAUGCGUGUGAAGCGAAACGCAGUGCAACCGCCGACAAGCGCGCGAAUGAAAUGCUCAACGCAUUGCAGGCCCCGAUGGCGCGCGUGGAUGCUGGUGUUAGCCAUCUUCUUAACCGGGUCAAUGAAGGCGAGCGCAUAAAGCUGCUGGAAUGGAUCUCGGAUAUCCCCUUUGGCCAGCACCACGACAGAAUCAGAGAGAAGAGAACAUCCGGUACCGGCGAGUGGUUGGUGGAACAUGAGGUUUUUAACAGCUGGAAGGACAAAGAGUCGUCUGAUCUCUUCUGGCUCCAGGGGAAUUCAGGAAGCGGCAAGACGUACCUCACGUCCAAGGUUAUUGAUACCGUACGAGACCGGAUCAGCUAUCCUCUUAAGCCCGAAGGCUUCGCAUUCUUCUACUGCGACCGCGAUGAUAAGCCAUGCGAUAAGGCAUUGACUGUCCUUCAAAGCUUUGUCCGUCAAUUAUCAACCACUGCGAGAAAUCCGGAAUCGAUGCAGACCAAGCUUCAGGAGACGUGCAAAGAGGCUCGGGAAAAUGGCACUAACUUCCGCUUCCAGCAGUGCAAGGAGCAAAUCCUCACCUCUUUGGAUAUUUACCAGAAGACUACACUGGUGAUUGAUGCCAUGGAUGAGUGUGAUCCAGAGUCGCGGUACGAGCUUAUCGACGCAUUGACACUGUUCUUGAGAGAGUCCAAGAAGCCUGUCAAGAUUUUCAUAUCCAGUCGGCCUGAUCCUAAGCUGGAAAGACAGUUGGAAAGCAGUCCAAACGUCGGUAUCCAGGCUAGCGACAACAAAGGAGAUAUCGAGAAAUAUAUCAAGGUCUCACUCAAAAGGCUUGCACAAGCCAAUCCGUUUUUGAGGCGGCUGAGGCCAAAGAUUGUCGAGAAGCUACUUGAGCGUAGCCAGGGCAUGUUCCAGUGGGUAUCUUUGCAGCUCCAACAAAUUGGGGGUUGCGAUACACCCAGUGCUGUCUGGACGUGCCUGAACAAUCUCCCGGAGGACCUCGAGAGCGCUUACGACAGGGUCUGGCUGCUGAUCGAAGCCCGUGCAGAGCCCGACAAGUCCCUCGCAAAACGUGCCCUUCGGUGGGCAAUGGCUGCAAGCAAGCCUUUGACCAGUGCCGAGAUUCUGGGGGCGAUUCGGCUAGAUGUGAACGGCACCAUGUUCCCCAUAGAUGAAAUGGUGGAUGAGCAAGGGUUGCUGUCUCUCUGCAACAGCUUUCUGUCCAUCGAUUCCCAACUUCAGGUAUGGCGGUUCCCGCAUCUCUCAGUCAGGGAAUACCUGGAAAAGAAGGAAGAUUGGUCCGUCUCUCGCGCGCAUUACCAUGCGGCUAGUGUCUGUCUGUCAUACUUUGUCAAGAAGUACGGAACAGAUAGCCAUGAGCUCGAUGCCCAGUUGGAAGAUGAGUGGAAGGCGGAGAUGAAAGCCGAGUUGGAAGCUAUACUGGAAGAAGCCCGGGAGAAGGAGAGGGAGGAGGAACAAGAGAAGAAGGAAGAGAAUGAUGAUGUCGAGGACGACGAGGAUGACGUCGACGGGGAGGAGGAUGAAGACGACGAAAGCGACACGAUCGAAAUUCCAGACGAGUGGUUGCACCAGGGCCCAGAGAUGCCCUGUGAAUCAGACGAUGGCUUCCACACCCUCCACCCAUUCCAUAUCUACAUGAGGCACUCUUGGGCUCACCAUGUGAAUGGAGCCAAGGACAUCGAGACAGCUCAGUUGGGUUCUCUUUUGAAAACCUUCCUUGGAUCUCCGAAUGCUGGCAGUGUGGAGUACCGCAGAUGGCAUGAAAAAACCUUCAACGAUUUUGAGGAAUUUUUCUUCGGUCCCUCGCUCAAGGCCUACAUGACCAACGACGCACGAAACAUCUUCCUCGAGACUAAGCCCGGCGACGCUCCCAUCUUCGCCAUGUGCCGGUUCCCGCUGUCCACCGCUGUGUGGGACUGGUGGGAAAACGCGGAAAUUGAUAUCUCGCGUUUGAACGAGAACGGCCAUAAUCAGCUUGCAAUUGCUGCAUUGGUGGGAUGUCUGCCCAUAUGCAAAAAGCUGGUGGAUCGGGGAGUUGAUGUCAACACUCGACUCAAGGGCAAAUGGAAUGGCAGUGCCCUGGUAGCGGCAACAUCCGAUGGACAGACUGAUGUCGUCAAGUACCUCGUGGAAUCAGGAGCCGAUGUGAACGUGAAAUUGAGCCUGGAAGAAGGCCAAUACGACUGCGCCCUCGAAGCCGCAAUCAAACGCGGAGCCGUCGAUACUGUCAGAUACCUGGUUCGUGAGGCGCACGCUGAUAUCGACAUAUCUCUCCAACGAUCCUGGAUCGGUCAUCUUCUCGGAGAAGCAGCUGUACUUCCAUCUGUCGAAAUCUUAACUAUUCUGCUGGAUGGAGGCGCAGAUGUGAACACGCUAUUCACGGGUCAAAGAUUUGGCAGUGCCCUUGGGGCAGCGUGCUCUGGCCAGUUCGAGAACGUGAAACUCCUGGUCAAGAGAGGUGCCGAUGUGAAUUUGCAGCUCCCCAAUGGAGGUUACGGCUGUGCACUCCUCCAGGCCUGCGUUAGUGAUAGGGACCUGGUUAUCCCCAGAUACCUUGUGAAUGAAGCAGGAGCAGACGCCAACCUCUCACUCGAGAAUGGUGAAUUCGGGAGUGUCCUCGCAGGCGCAACAUGCGACGAAUUUGCGGACUUGGACGUGGUCAAGUUUUUGGUGAAGUCUGGUGCUGAUAUCAACAAGUCGAUUGAGCAUGGAAAGUAUGGCAGCGUGCUUGCGGCGGCAGCAGCAGCAAGUGAAUAUGCAGACCUCGACAUAUUUCGGUGGCUGCUGAAGGAAGGCGCCAAUGUGAACCUGCCACUGAAGCAUGGGCAAUUCGGCAGUGCCCUGGCAGCGGCUGUGCGGGCCGGUAUUCAUGACAGGAUCCAUGCUUUGAUUGAGGCAGGUGCCGAUUUGAACAUGGUCUUAGAGGGGCGAGACUUUGGCAGCGCCUUUGCUCUGGCUGCAGCAUUCGAAUAUAAUUUCCAGGUUCCUCAGGUUCUCGUUGGUGCCGGUGCAAAUGUCAACCUCAAGACGCCUGGGAGAUACGGAACUCCGCUGAUUGCCGCCGCAUGUUUCGGCCAGAAGGACUGUGUGGAAUAUUUGGUCAAGAACGGGGCUGACGUGAACCUGGCGGUGGAAAACUCGCCUUAUCCCACUGCUUUGCAAGCUGCCAAGUCAGAUAUAUCGGAACACCUACCGUGGAUGCACCAACGUUACGACAAUCCUGAUGAUGUGGAGUCUUUCGCAGAGGAUUGGGCCGAGGAAAAGCCCGAUAUCGUGGAGUUUCUACAGAGUAAGGGUGCCAAGGCCUGA